AUGCAGCCCAUAAUUAUAUUCUCGGUGGUGCUGCUAGCGUCAGUAGUGGCCAGUCAUUCUACUAAAACAUUGCGUCGUGAUGGAGUACUGCACCUGUAUCCGUUUCCGAGGAUAGGUCGCGCCUCGGAACGAACUUGGCAGGUUCCGGUCAACGAUUACCAAGAUCAUGAACAGGUUAAAAGGCAGCUCUAUGCAUUCCCGCGAGUCGGAAGAAACGGUCUAUCACAAUCUGACGUUCAGAUAUCUCCGCAACUAGAAAAUAUGCUGUACGAAAGACGCAACAACUUCGACAAACGGGAGUCUAAGCUAACGUCGAACCAGCAAGGAAUGUGGUUCGGUCCACGGCUGGGCAGGGCAUACAAGAAAGAAAUUGACGACUAUCCGCGAGAGAACGAAAGUAACCGA